AUAUAAUCUUUUAAUUUGGAAGUCUAUACACUAAGCGUAUAGGCACCAUAUUGUCAUCGAUGUGCUGGUGAAGUGAGUGAAUUGAAGAACUUAAGGGAAAAACAAAACAUCGGUCUACAUUCAAGAUGAAAAACUUGCAGAGCCUUCAAACUGCAUUCGCAGUCAUGGUGAUGUGCAUUACUGGAUACAAGGAAACGAUGGCUGAACCCAGAAAUGCCAGCAUCUGUUUUGCCCAUCCCAGCAAUAUUCUCAACCUGACAUGUAGCAUUGGAUCCAUGAUACGCAUCAACAAGAUCAUUUACGGCCUCAGUGCCAGUGGAAAAUGUAACUACACUGAAGGUGACUGUCAUGUAACUGAAGACACGCCUUAUUCCUGUGUCGGCCAGUCACACUGUGGUAUCAACCUGCCAUCUGGGGACUAUGGGCGCUACAUCCCCCACUGCAAGCAAUAUAGCAACUACAUCCAGGUUGAAUAUGAGUGUAUACCAG